AUGGAACUUGAUUUGCGUGGAGCCAGGAGAGCUUUCUUUCGGACCACCAUUGUUAUAGCAUAUAAACAUGCUUAUCUUGAUCUAAUCAACACAGGAAUUGCAUCAGAAAUUAGAAUGGGUAGGUCUCCUCCUUCCUGUUCUAAACAUUCUGCCAUCAACCGUGGGGCCUGGACUGCCAAGGAAGACAUGAUUUUGAGAGAAUAUAUCACAAAUCAUGGGGAGGGAAGAUGGAGUUCUAUACCCAUUAAAGCAGGUCUGAGUCGAAGUGGAAAGAGUUGUAGAUUGCGAUGGAUGAACUAUCUUCGCCCAGACAUUAAGCGUGGAAACAUUUCUGCUGAUGAAGAGGAACUCAUUAUUCGAUUGCAUGGUCUCCUUGGUAAUAGAUGGUCUCUGAUUUCAGGACGACUGCAUGGUCGAACAGACAAUGAAAUAAAGAACUACUGGAACACAAAACUAAGCAAGAAGUGCCUUCCACAAAACCAGCCUCCACCAUCCCCCAACAAAAAAUUGAAUCUUACUCCUCCUGGAGAUCAUCAUAUCCUGAAAUCUGCUCCUGUCAAAGCAAAGGCGGUUAGAUUGUCAAGGUGCUGCAACAGAUAUGGAGGCAGUAGCAUUUCACAUCAUCAAAACCUGAAUUCCCCUCCUGGUGCCAAAAAUAUGAAGAAUUCAAGUAUAUUAUCUGAAGAGAAGCUGUUGACAGAGAAUGACUCUGGUUUCAUCGACCUUGGAAUUCAGAAAAGUUCUGCUCAAUUAGGAUUUCCAUCCAUGCAAAAUAUUGAUCAAUUUUCUCCACCUUUCAUGCCCAAUUUAGUGGAGUCCCCAUUGCUACCUUCUAAGCAUGGUACAGAAAAUGAAUCUGAAGAAUCAGGGAAUUUAUUGAAUUUCAAUCAAAUCCAAACUGUGGACAUUGAUUUUUUCUCGUGGCCAUACUAUUAUCUGGACAAUCUCAGAAUCGAAGCAAGACCGGGCGAUAGCUUGGAACAAGGAAUGGAGGGAAUCUACAGAAGUUCUCUGCAGUAUGAUUGGUUAGAGUAUGACUGGGUAGAUGAAUUACCAAUAUUUUAA